GACAUCCACUCUGACCCUCCGUUCCAUCAAUAUGACUCAGUCACUCGUGGCCUCUUCCGCAGCUGUCUCCUCACGGUUAGGAUGGAGCAGCCUGUGCAAGAAACGAGGGUUGGGAUCUAUCUCUGUCAGUCCACACGCUCAGGAGAGGCGAUGUCCCAAAAGUAUCACUUACAGUAGGCAGAUUUCUACGCUUUUCCCCGGGAAUACCACAACAGCACAUUGGUAAAGGAUCGUAAUUCAGACACUUCUCAAAGUAUUCCACUUUGCCUGGGCCUACUCAUCAUCAGUUAGGUGUAGUGAGCUGAAGGUGGUUCACAGGAACACCUACCGAUGCAUUGGACUUGAUAGCCUGAGUAAUCGAGCUCCUCGCAGCACAUGGUUUGACGCCCUGGUGCGCAAGCCAAUCCUGGCUUGCUGGCAUCGAUGGCGAAGGUGUGGUUGUAGGGAUCGUUGGAGAUGGACAGUCCAGUGGCCCUGGCCACGAGCAUGCUGAUGAGCACAGAAGCAAGCAUCUUGAUACUUUGAAGGUCACUUUGAUGGAAUGAAAAUGGAAAAGCCGGUGAACCUCGACACCAUUAAAAAUGGCAUGGCCAUCUCAAGUUUUUAGGUUUGUGAAUGUGGCUUGCUGUUGUGGGGAGAGUUCCAACUUGCCUCAUUAAUAUCCGUUAUGUUUUAUUCCAGUUUCAACUUACUGCCCCUUGACAACCUUCACACUGCUUUCACCAUGUCCCCCAUCAAACACAUCCGGGAAUGCUCUCAUCAAGAUCCGUAACGUAAUGACACAGAUGAUGUAUCAUCGCGUAAUGUUACCUGCUUAAUCAAAGAAAUCUCGGGACGCACAGGCCACUCGCUACCCGACUGCAUGGAUGAGGUGACAUAGCUCAGCUGUCGAGUGACGUCGAUCCCGCUUUCUGUUCAGGUUUCAUUACGCUUUUCCCCACGAGAACUUCAGCUGGGUCGGGUCAUUGCCAAGGAAAUAUCUUUGUGGCCCCAUCAGUUGGGCUAGCUGGUAUAGAGAGGGAUCCUCGUCAUUUCCCUACAUUUCAUUUUCUUUCUUGUCGAGAGAGAAACUCUUCAACUUCAACCCAAGAAACACCUCACCAACAACUAGCUCUCUGAAACCGCUCACUUACACCACAGCCCAACGGCUCACCACCACCAGCUAUGGCGGACUCCCCCCGCGAUAGCAGUCCAGAAGGACUUGUUUCAAGCAACAGCAACAGCAAAUACCCCAACUUUGAAGUCGACUACGUAAUCUCCUACUCCCUCCCACCCCCCUCCCCCCCUUCCCAACAACUAGCCGAAGCCGAAGCCUCCUUCAGCCAACUCAUCCACCUCCUCUCCAAAACCGGCUUCGCAGUCGAGGUCCGCCCCGGCCGUCCACCCACCACCCCGACCUCCCCCUCGUCCCUGCUCAUCUUCCUCCGCAUCGCCUCCCACUCCCUCCUCGAAAAGCAAAUCUACCGCUACCGCGUCCAGGACUGGCUCUACGGCGUCCGCACCGCCGCCCCGGGACCACCAAACAGCCUCUCGGAGCAGGAGCCCAUCACCGACGCUGAACGUCUCCGGCUGGCGUACUUGUUGAUCACGAAACCGGUCAACGAAGGAGGAGCAGGCAUCACACCCGGGGUGGGCCAAUGGCGCUUUGUAAAAAGCGUUUUUCCCCUUCACGACAGAAAGUUCAACAAGGAGUGGAUCAAGGACUGGUCGACAAAGUAUAUCCUUGACGAUGAAGAUCUGUUGAAGAUUAGGAACCAGUUUGGUGAAAAGGUUGCGUUUUACUUUGCGUUCCUGCAGUCGUACUUUCGGUUUUUGCUAUUUCCUGCUCUGUUCGGGUCGGCGGCGUGGUUGGUGCUGGGUGGGUUUAGCUGGGUUUAUGCCGUGGUUAAUUGUCUCUGGGGUGUGAUCUUCUUUGAGCAUUGGAAGGUGAAGGAGGUUGAUCUGGCGGUUCAGUGGGGGGUGAGGGGGGUGGGCAAGAUUCAGCUGCCGAGGCCGCAGUUCAAGUUUGAGAGGGAGGGGGUUGAUGCGGUGACGGGGGAGAUUGUAAAGGUUUAUAGCCCGUACAAGAGGCUGGCGAGGCAGGCGUUGCAGGUGCCGUUUGCGGGGGCUUGCGUGGUGGUGCUGGGGGGGUUGAUUCUGGGGUGUUUUAGCAUUGAGAUUUUCAUUACCGAGGUUUACAUGGGGCCUUUUAAGCAGUAUUUGACUUUUUUGCCCACGGUGCUGCUUACGAUUUUUAUGCCCACCUUCACGACACUGCUCACGAAGCUGGCGGAAAGGUUGACGGAGCUGGAAAACUAUGAGACGGUCGAUGCGCAUCAGGCUUCGUUUGUGCAAAAGAUUUUUGUGCUCAACUUUAUCACCUCGUAUCUCGGCAUUUUCCUCACGGCUUUUGUUUAUGUACCCUUUGGCAAGAUCUUGGUUCCCUAUCUGGAUGUAUUUCAGUUAACGGCUCAGAAAUUUACUGUGGAGGGGAAGCCGUUGCCGACGAAGGAAUGGGUUAUCAAUCCUGACCGGCUGAGAAAGCAGGUGAUUUACUUUACCGUGACGGCUCAGAUUGUUAACUUUGCCACCGAGGUUAUCGUCCCUUAUGCGAAGAGGAGGAUUUUCAAGACGGUGGAGAAGGUUCAGAUGGAGGUCAAGGGGGAGAAGGGGGCGGGUGUGGAGUGGCCGAGAGAUGCGGACGAGGAGCACAGGUUCUUGAAGAGGGUGAGGGAGGAGGCUGAGCUGGAGCAGUAUGAUGUUACGAUUGACUACAGGGAGAUGGUGAUUCAGUUUGGGUAUUUGUCCCUUUUCAGUGUUGUCUGGCCGCUGACUGGUUGUUCGUUCUUGGUCAACAACUGGAUUGAAGCGAGAUCAGAUGCGAUGAAGAUUGCCGCGAAUAGUCAGAGGCCGAUUCCAUGGAGGGCGGAUAGUAUUGGGCCUUGGUUGAAUGCGCUUGGGUUUUUGUCUUGGCUUGGUUCCAUCACGUCGGCCGCGCUGGUGUAUCUGUUCAAUAAAUCUGGGGGAGGUCAGCUUGGUGUUGGGUCGGUGUGGGAUAUCCCCGGCUGGGCGCUGCUGUUGGCUAUUCUUUUCAGUGAGCAUGUUUACUUGGGCGUGCAGUUUGUUGUUAGGGGGGUGAUCAGGAGGUUGGACAGCCCCGGCUUGCAGAAGGAGAGGGCGGAGAGGUUUGCUAUGAGGAAGGAGUUGCUUGAGAGGAUGGUGGAAGAGGAGGUGGUUAGUGCGCAGGCUGAGAAGGGGGUGGGUGUGAGGGAUGGGGAGAAGAUUACCAGGGAGGUGUUGGAGGAGGAGGCGAGACAACAUAGUGGGUUGGGGCCGGAGAAGGUUUUUUGGUUGAGGCAGCGGGGCGCGGGGGAGAGUGUGGAGGUGGGGAGGGGGUUGAUUCAGUUGGUUUCGCUUGCGAAUAACAACACUGCGAAGAGGGAGUAGAGGGUGAGGAGGAAAGGUUGUUCGAGCGAGGAAGGUAUUAGGUGAGAGAAGGGGGUGGUGGUGAUGAGUUGGGGAAAGACUGUCCUUUGAGGGGGGAGUUAUUUCAGGGGAGGGAGAAUGAAUGAAGUAGUAUAAUGGGUGCUUUGUUCUCUGGCUGAGUUUCCAUUAUGGUGUGUUUUAUGUUCCAAGGUGAAUGAAUGUUUUAUUGAAGUUGCACAUUCAUUCAAACCAUAUUUAAUUUACUCGUUCCACGGGGCGCCCUUUUCACUCUGGUGUAGUCUCGAUUAUCCCUCCUAUGUACAUAUCCGUGGACAUCAAUAUUUCCAUCUGACCCCCAUUUUCUCUUCUAAAAUGCUAUCCUUUCUGUUUCUUCUUUCUGAUCCCUCUCAUUAUGUUGUUACAUGAGUUUUGGUGUUACAAGUUCUAUAGCAUGAAAACAAGACAAACGAGGUAUCUCUAUGUUUUCAUAAAUCAGGUAGGUAUAUGUACAUGAGCUGGCGGGUUAUCUACAUUUGUUUUUUUCGUAGAUGACACGGCCGUUCGUGGUGGACGGCAGGGUCCAGCUGCGUUGUUGAGGUUUUCCUGCCUGUGGCGGGGGCGAAAAGUCGUCGUGGUAGGGAGAAUUGAUUGUUGUUGGAUAUGGUUAUGGUAGUGGUGUGGCGGGCCUUGUUCGUGAGCGGAAGUUUGGUCCUAGAGGUCCACAUCCUCUCUCUUCCCUUCCUUGCGCCAGUUACUCGAUGAUGAUGGCUGCUAGGGUGGCCUCGACUUCCGAGUAUCGUCGUCCAUCUCCGCGUCGCCCCGCCUGGGGAGCAU